AUGUUUAAAUGCCCCUCUCAAUCCAUUCCUCCCUCUCCCACCGUCCCCCCCUCUCACACAUUCCCUUCCCAUUCCCCACCUCGUCCCCUCCCUCUCCACUCCCCUCAACUGCGGCCGCCCCAGGCGGCGGCGCCCGCGAAGAUCGAGAUCCGGGGGUUGUCGCGGAGGGCGGCGAGCACGGGCGCGCUGAUCCUGGACGGGGUGGCGCUGCGCGUGGCGCGCGGGCAGCUGUUCGGGCUGAUAGGGCCGUCGGGCAGCGGCAAGUCCACGCUGCUGCGCGCCAUCAACCGCCUGUGGGAGCCGGCACGUGGCACCGUGUGGGUGGACGGCUGUGACGUCACCACGAUGGACGUGCAGCAGUUGAGACGCCGCGUGGGCAUGGUGUUCCAAAGCCCGCACCUCUUCCCUGGCACGGUGGCGGACAACGUGAGGUACGGGCCGGGGCUGCAGGGCGUGGCGGUGGGGGUGGAGGAGCAGCAGAGCCUGCUGCUGCGCGCGGGGCUCGACCCCUCCUCCGACUUCCUACAGCGUGCGGCCCACGAGCUGUCGGGUGGCGAGGCGCAGCGCGUGUCCAUUGCACGCGCCCUCGCCAACUCCCCCCAGAAACACCUCCAUCGUGCGCCCUGGCCCCUCGCCAACUCCCCCCAGGUUCUCCUGCUGGACGAGCCCACGAGCUCGCUGGACCCCACGGCGACGCGCAAGGUGGAGGAGACGAUCGAGCGGCUGCGGCGAGAGGAGGGGCUGACGGUGGUGCUGGUGUCGCACAGCAUGCCGCAGAUCGAACGCGUGGCCGAUGUCACCGCACUGCUCAGUCAGGGCCGCGUGGUGGAGGUGGGGCCGCCGGGGGAGCUCAGGGAGAGCGAUAACCCUGAUGUCGCUAGCUUCUUCACUGGGGAGCUCAGCUGA